ACUGCGGCGGCGGCGGCUCGGGCGGGCGGGGGGCGGCGCGGCGCGGACACGAGCCGGAGCAGCAGCGGCCGCGGCGCCGCAGGGACCAGCGGCCCAGGGUCGGUCUGGGCUUCUAGCAGCCGCCCCGUCCCUCACGCGGCAGGGGGAAGAUGCCCGAGCAAAGCAACGACUACCGCGUGGUGGUGUUCGGCGCGGGCGGUGUGGGCAAGAGCUCACUGGUGCUGCGCUUCGUGAAGGGCACGUUCCGUGACACGUACAUCCCCACCAUCGAGGACACCUACCGGCAGGUGAUCAGCUGUGACAAGAGCGUCUGCACGCUGCAGAUCACGGACACCACCGGCAGCCACCAGUUCCCGGCCAUGCAGCGCCUGUCCAUCUCCAAGGGCCACGCCUUCAUCCUGGUCUUCUCGGUCACCAGCAAGCAGUCGCUGGAGGAGCUGGGGCCCAUCUACCAGCUCAUCGUGCAGAUCAAGGGCAGCGUGGAGGACAUCCCCGUCAUGCUGGUGGGGAACAAGUGUGACGAGACGCAGCGGGAGGUGGACACCCGCGAGGCCCAGGCCCUGGCGCAGCAGUGGAAGUGCGCCUUCAUGGAGACGUCGGCCAAGAUGAACCACAACGUCAAGGAGCUCUUCCAGGAGCUGCUGACGCUGGAGACCCGCCGCAGCAUGAGCCUGAGCAUCGACGGCAAGCGCUCCAGCAAGCAGAAGCGGACAGACCGCAUCAAGGGCAAGUGCACCCUCAUGUGAGCCGCCGCCCCGCCGCCCGCCCCGCCGCCUCCGCCCGCGCCUCCUCCUGCUCCUCCACUCUCCCGUCCGCCUCUCGGCUGGGGAAACCGAGGCUGCCUGGCCAGCGGGCGGCAGGGCUGGGCUCCCCCGGCCCCUCACAUCGCUAUGCCCGCCUUCCCCACCCGCCCCCCUGCCCUGUCUGGGCCCCCACAGCCCAGCGGCCCCUCGACCCACGGUGGGGGGGGAAGCAGGGAGCCAGGGGAGCUGCGUGUCCCAGCGGGGACCAGAGAGGCCAUCUCUCCUCCACCGCAGCCCAGGACCCAUCUCUGUCCCCCACCCUGAGUGUCCCCAGCCCGAUCCGCGCCCCUCCCCCCCUUUGAUCACUGUGACCUUCCGGGGGAGGGGCGUCCAAGUGCACAUGGACCUCAGAGGGUUUUGUUUUUCUCUUCUUGGUGUUCGACAUGCAGCCAGUCUCGCCCAGACCCUCAUGACCUCUGACCUGUGCCCCCUCCCUGGGCCCCUGGAACACCCAUCCUGUCCCUGUCCACUCACCUUGGUGGAGGGGCCCAUGGGAUGGGCCUCAGGCCACCAGGCAAUAACCAUGGGGCCUGUAGGGGCACCCCUGCCAGCCCCAGUAGCACCCCGGGACCAGCAGACAGCCACAGCACCACCCCUGGGACUGUCCAGCCAGGACUGCCCAAGGGGCAGGUGGACCCUGGGGCCUGGAGUGCGAAGGUUUCCCUGGACACUGUGCCCUGGGGAUGUGCCCUUCCUUUGAGGCACAGAUGCUGGUGUGGUGGUGCUGGGCCCUGGGCACUGAGCACAGGGUGCCGGGGCCCGGCCAGGAGCACGUCAGCUAAGGCCCCGUCCAGAGGAGGCGAUGGCACUCCACACCAGCAGGACUGGAGGGGGCUCCAGGUGGAAUGCUGCCCUGUCCCCUCCUCCACCCACUGUGCCCAGUGACAGAGCCCCAGGAAGUGUUGCCCAAGUCUGGUGUACCUGCAGCCUCAAGGUUCGGGGUGUCUUUGUGAGACAGUCUGGGCAACUCCACUCACGUGACCCCCCUGGGGCUGUGUCCUUCGCGAAGGACACUAUGGAAGGGUGCAUGGGUGGUUGUGCCUGUGCGUCUGUCAUUCAGACGGCGUGUCUGCAGCCGGCAUGAAGCAAAGGUGUAGUGCGUGUGGCGUGGUCGGUGCCCGUGUGUGGGGCUGGCUGAGGGGUGUCUGCGUGAAUCGAGCUGCCUGUAUGGGCACAGUUGUCUUGGGAGUGCACGACGUGGUCUAUCUGUGAACCUGUGUAUUCUGACUCUCUGAGGGUCACUGUGUCCACUCUAGUCUGUGGCAAGUUGACUUGUGGCUGCAGGACAAACUGGACCCCAGCUGGCGCUGCGCAGCAAGCCAGCACUAGUGCAGCCACCUGGAGCUCAGCACGCCACCACCUCACAGUUCCCGGGGUCAGCCCCGGGUGGGGGGAGCCAGAUCCCACUCAGGGCCUCACAAGGCCGCGCUCCCAGUGUUGGCUGGGCUGGGGUCAUCUGCGGGCCCCGUGGGGGAUGUGCAGCAUUCCGUGCUGAGGGGCUUGAGAUGUGGCAGCUAAGCGUGCGAGGGAGAGAGUGGUCGCCCAAGGCGGACGCACCGCGGGUUGGGGUGGGAGACUGUGUGUGCAUGUGCGGGACGGGAGGGUGUCGCAUGUGGCUAUGCGGCCCCAGCAGGGGCGCAGGAUGCAGCGAGGCCGCUCUGUGGCUGACAGUGUUGAGGUGAUUGCUUUCCUCUGUGUUCCUGUGGCUCCUGAGUGGUUCCUGGCACACUUGGAGAGGUGUGAGUGUGUGUACCUGGGCGUGCGAGGCUGCGGGUGUGACAGGGCUCCCCUGCCCCCAGUCAGUGGUAUUGUCUGAGCAUAGCUGAGCUCUGACCCUUCAGCUGGCCCAGGGCCCCCAGCAGCUGGUGUCACCAUGGCCCCUGGCUGGACAGGGGUCUCAGCCCUUUCUCAGGGACAUGCCCUGAUAGCACAAUCUCCCUGGGGCCUGCCCGCCUGUCCCCAGGCCUCUCCGGCCCUGGGCCCUGCCCCCCCUGGGGAGAGGGACUCUGCAAUAGGAGGGGCCGAGCCGCCCUGACUGCCGCCCGCCCUGCCCGGGCAUCCUGGUGCUGGGGACCUGCCAGGCCAUGCUCGCUGUGACCCUGCCCCUCCCCCCGCAUGUGGGAACCCUGCCCCCUGGGGGGUCUGUGUAGCACUCGCUCAUAUAGACAUAGUCUUCCUGCAAUAAAGAAGUGGAUCCUGUGUUC